GCCUGUCAGCCCAGCCGGCGGAGGCGCUGCGCCCGGCCCGGCGGCGGCUGUCCUAGGGCAGCGGCCUGCGAGCAGCACCCGAGCAGACGGGGUCUCCGGGGUUUCUGGUUUGCCCCCAGCUCUCGGCCCGACCGUCUAUUUCUCUUUCCUUUGGGAACAACGUGCUUUGCCAAUGACUGAUCCCGGUGCCGCCGCUGGGAUGCUCUCACCUGUCACCUGCAAGGCAGGACCCAGGCCCGUGCGGGGAUGAGCUAGGCUGCAGCCCGACCCGCCAGGACCACCCGCCUCCCCCCGCCGAGCCCGGAGGAGCUUGGCUGCCACCCAGCCGCCUCUGUCCCUGUCGCCGGACCCUGGCAUGUGGCCACCACAGUGACUGCCCCGGGGCCCCCGUCCCCUGCCACCACCCCGACACGGCUGGCCCAGGUGUCUGAGGAGCAGCUGCCUCCCCGCGGGCCGAGGGCAGGGCCCCUGCAUGGAGCUUGGGACCCGGACCCCUCAUGUCUGUCCUGCUGACGCUGUGUGUGGCGCUGUUGGCCCUAGCGACCCCAGGCCGGGGCACCCCGCCAUGGGAGCCCUGCACAGACCUGCGCCCCCUGGACAUCCUGGCAGAGGCCGUCCCUCCGAAUGGCGCCGCGGGCGGAAUCAGGGUGACCCAGGCCCACGGCGUGCGAGGACUCCAGCUCUCGGCCGCCGCCCCCCACGCCUUCAGCUUCCCUGCCUCGAGGAUUUUCUUCCGGUGCGACCUCUUCCCUGAAGAGUUUUCGAUCGUCAUAACCUUGAAAGUUCCCAGUCUUCCCCCCAAGAAGAACGAAUACCUGUUCACUGUGGUGGCGGAGGAGCCCGACGCCCUGCUGCUCGGCCUGCGGUACUCGCCCACCCGGCUGCACUUCCUCUUCCUGAGCCAGGACGCAGCGGGAGCCUGGCAAACGCGAGUGACUUUCCGCAGUCCCACCCUGAUGGACAGCCAGUGGCACACGCUGGUCUUGGCCGUGUCGGAAGGCUCCUUCUCCCUCACCACAGACUGUGGCCUCCCGGUGGACAUAAUGGCCGACGUGCCCUUCCCGGCCACCCUGUCCGUGCGAGGAGCCCGAUUCUUCAUCGGCAGCCGGAAGAGGACCAAAGGCCUGUUCACGGGCCUGGUGAGGCAGCUGGUGUUGCUGCCCGGCUCGGAUGCCACCCCAAGGCUCUGUCCCUGCAGGAGUGCCGAGCUGGCUGUCCUGUCCAUCCCCCCUGUCCUGCAAGGUCUCUCGGGGAGGCCAGAAGAUAAUGAGGUGCUGAAAUACCCCUAUGAAACCGACUUGAAGGUGACGCUGGGGUCCCGGCCCCCGUGCACCAAAGCGGAGGACACCCAGUUCUGGUUUGACGCCAGCCGGAAGGGGCUGUUCCUGUGUGUGGGCAGCGAGUGGGUCUCCGUGUUAGCAGCCAAAGAAAAGCUGGACUAUGUGGAGGAGUACCAGAGCCUGUUCACCAGCUCGGAGACGCUGGGCAUCGAGGUCUUUGCCAUCCCCGAGGCUGGGCUCUUCGUAGCAGCUGCCAACCGGAAGGCCGCGUCCGCCAUCUACAAGUGGACGGACGGAAAGUUCGCCUCGUACCAGAACAUUCGCACGCACCAAGCGCAGUCCUGGCGACAUUUCACCAUCGGGAAGAAGGUGUUCCUGGCCGUGGCUAAUUUUGAGCCGAAUGAGAAGGGUCAGGAGUUCUCCGUCAUUUACAAAUGGAGCCAGAGAAAGCUGAGGUUCACGCCGUACCAGCGGGUCCCCACCCACAGCGCCCGGGACUGGGAGGCCUUCGAGGUGGCCGGGGAGCACUUCCUGGCCGUGGCCAACCACCGGGAAGGUGACAACCACAACAUCGACAGUGUCAUCUACAAGUGGAACCCGAGGACCCGCCUCUUCGAGGCCAACCAGACCAUUGCCACGUCGGGCGCCUACGACUGGGAGUUCUUCACUGUGGGGCCCUACUCCUUCCUGGUGGUGGCCAACGCCUUCAAUGGCACGUCCACGAAGGUGCACUCCCACCUGUAUGUCUGGCUCCUUGGCUCCUUCCAGCUGUUUCAGGCCUUCCUGACGUUCGGCGCCGCCGACUGGGAAGUGUUCCGCAUUGGAGAGAGGGUGUUCCUGGCUGUGGCCAACAGCCACAGCUACGACGUGGAGGCGCAGGUGCACAAUGACUCCUAUGUCGUCAACUCGGUCAUCUACGAGCUGAAUGUCACUGCGCAGGCGUUCGUCAAGUUCCAAGAGAUCCCCACGUGCAGCGCUCUCGACUGGGAGUUUUUCUCGGUGGGAGAAGAUUAUUUCCUGGUGGUUGCAAACUCCUUUGAUGGAAACACCUUCUCCGUAAACAGUAUUAUCUACAGGUGGCAGGGCUACGAGGGCUUCGUGGCCGUGCACAGCCUCCCGACCUUCGGCUGCAGGGACUGGGAGGCCUUCCGCACCACAGCCGGCUCCUACCUCGUCUACUCCAGCGCCAAGGAGCCCCGCUCCCGCGUGCUGAGGCUGAGGACCGGCUGACCCACACCGGCCGGGGACGUGCGUCCGCCUCUGGGCCCGGUGACCGGUGGCCGGCCCGAAGCCCGGCGCUGCCCGCAAGUCUGCGCCUCCUGCAGGGAUUUGUCUUUCAAGGAAAAGCUCACACAAAGGUUUACCUCAGAACCAGCGGGGCCUCCCCACCGCCCCCCGAGACCCUGCCCCCUCCCACAGCCUGGACGGCAGCGGGCCUCAUGCCGUCUUACGUGUUUUGUACCAGCUAUUUAUUGUACCCUAACUAU